GCCGGCGGCCACGGCCGCGCCCAAAUCCAUCCACCCCUCGCCGCCCGCCGCCGCCCGCACCCACCCACCCAACCCAACGACCCGAGGUCCGAGUGCCUGCUUCCCUCCCCGCGAUGGCGGCGGCGGCAGCCCGCUCCCUCGCGCCGCUCUCGUCCGCCCCCGCGUCCCUCGGCCGCCUCGGCGUCGCGCGCGCCUCAGCCCGCGCGGGCUCCGCCUCCUCGUUUGGGUGGGCCCUCGCGCUUCGCGGCCGGUCCUCCUUCGCCGCAACCGCCGCCGUGAUGGGGAAGGCCGGAGCCGUCGGCGCCGACGCCGGGAUGGACGCCGUCCAGCGGCGGCUCAUGUUCGAGGACGAGUGUAUUUUAGUUGACGAACAGGAUAACGUCGUUGGACAUGAUUCUAAGUACAACUGCCAUCUGAUGGAAAAGAUAAAUUCUGGGCAUGUCCUCCACAGAGCGUUCAGUGUUUUUCUCUUCAACUCCAAAUACGAGUUGUUACUUCAGCAAAGGUCUGCAACAAAAGUGACGUUUCCACUUGUCUGGACAAACACUUGCUGUAGCCACCCUCUAUACCGUGACUCCGAGCUCAUUGAAGAGAAGUGCCUAGGGGUCAGAAACGCAGCACAGCGGAAGCUAUUUGAUGAACUGGGAAUAAAGGCUGAAGAACUACCUGUUGACCAAUUCAUUCCUCUUGGGAGGAUGCUUUACAAGGCUCCCUCCGAUGGGAAAUGGGGCGAACAUGAACUGGACUACCUCCUGUUCAUGGUUCGCGAUGUGAGGCUCAGCCCGAACCCUGAAGAAGUGGCCGACGUCAAGUACGUGAACCGUGAUGAGCUGAAGGAGUUGCUCAAGAAGGCAGACGCUGGCGAAGGCGGCGUUAAGCUGUCCCCUUGGUUUAGGCUGGUGGUCGACAACUUCCUCAUGGGCUGGUGGGAUCACGUAGAGCAGGGGACUCUGGACUCGGCCGCUGACAUGAAAACAAUUCAUAAGUUGUAGAAUGCAGUAGAUCAUUGAGCAACGUCCUUAGAAAAUAAAGAACCGUUUUUUUAA